UCAAGUCUGCUGUUCUUGAUACUGUUCGUAUGGGUAAGUCCCAUACAGAAGAUAAUAUUGCAGAAGAGAUAAGACUUGUCUGCAAUAAAUAGAACACUUUAGAUAAAAUUCACUCAAUUGUGACUGGCAAUGAUGCUAACAUGACUGCAGCAAUAAAAGAAAUGAAUGUUCGCCAUAUCCCGUGCUUUGCACACACUUUGAAUCUAGUUGUUCAGGACUCCAUUAAGAACACUGAGGAUGUCCAGAAGCUAAAAGAAAAAAAUAAAGACUAUUGUAAGUUUUUUCCAUCAAAGCGUGAAGACUUCUGAUAAGCUCAUGCAGGUGCAAGAGCAGCAAAAGCAGCCUUCAAAGAAAUUUAUUCAGGAUGUAGAAACUAGAUGGAAUUCUACAUACUACAUGAUGGAACGAUAUUUAGAGCAACAUGACCACGUGACAUACACUCUCUGCUAUCUGAGGAAAACUAAUGUAUGUCUGUCUAACGAGGAGCUUGUACUCCUUCAGUACACCAUAAAUGUCUUGGAACCGUUUGAGGAGGCGACUAAAGAAAUGUCAGCCGAAAAAGUCACCUCUAUUUCGAAGAUAAUACCAAUGGUGAGAGGAAUUCAGGGGUACAUGAAUUCCAUCCUUUCCACCGGGCCCCAGCCAAUAAACAACCAGCACUCUCUUGCAAGAGAACUAAAGAGACAAAUGGAGCAAAGGUUCUUUGCAAUGGAGGGAUCCUUCACUCUCAAAGCUGCUACUCUUUUGGAUCCAAGUUUUAAAAAUAGGGAGUUCGUCACACUGUUCUCUAAACUAAAAGAGAUGGCAAAUAGAUAUCUGUGCACACUUGCAUCAUCUGUUCCAUCAGAACGAUUGUUUUCUAAAGCAGGUGAACUGAUAUCACACAGGCGAAGUAGUCUCAAGGGAGAGAAUAUCAACAUGAUUCUCUUUUUAAACAAAAACAUUUAAGACCGUGAGUGCUCUAAGCAAGCCUGGCCUGUAUCUAAA